GACGGGAGCUUUUUUUCCUGACCACAUGUCGCACCCGCGGUGUUUGUCGGAGUCAAAUAGAUUCAAUGAGACAGAAGCUGAUUAAUGGAGCAAGCGUGAAAGCGAAGAUGUUGAGGUUCCAGUGACGGAGGAGUCACCUGGGAGGAGUGCGCCCGCUCGCCACUAUAAAAGACGGAGCGCACCAAGAGUCGGCCAUGAAACGCAUCAGGACGCCGCGAGGAGGAAGAGGGCCGCCAUUCCACGCAACUACCGAAAUCCCCAUCAGACAUUUAGGCAACUGGCGCUUGAAGGAUGGAACACGCUCACUCUUUAGCCGGACUCCUGAUCCUCAUCAUCGUCCAAAGCAGCCUGCAGUUGCCUGACCAUGACACAAACUCUGCGGUUUUAAGUGAGAACUCCAUUUCGAGUGAACCUCUCGAGCUCUCCAGCAUGAAGAGACAUUCCGAGGGAACGUUUUCCAACGACUACAGUAAAUACCUGGAAACGAGAAGAGCUCAAGACUUUGUUCAGUGGCUCAAGAACUCAAAACGGAACGGAAGUGUAAUUCGGCGCCAUGCAGACGGCACCUUCACCAGCGACAUGAGCGCCUACCUGCAGGACCAGGCAGCCAAGGAGUUUGUGAGCUGGCUCAAGGCCGGCCGAGGCAGACGGCAGUAGACGCCGAGGCGGCGCGCCCAGCCGACGUCACGCUGCGCCUCUGCGUCUCCACAACUGACUCUGUGCAAUCAUUAAAUGUGUCACAAAGUGUACCAUCCUUUUCCUUG